AGUGUACAUGUGUACCUUUACUAAGCGAAUAAAAAUUCAAGAUCAGACACAGACAUUGUAUGGAACAAAAGUUUGCCUUAAGAGCACCCUUACGAAGACUUUUCCUUUUCUUAUGGAGACAAAAAUUCAAGAUCGAACACUUGGUGGGACACUAAGCGUAAUUUCCUUCUCAUGAAUGCUGUACUGUCAGUUGAGCCCAACCUAUAUACAACCGUGAAUAACCCAAAUUCAUAUCUAGUCCAAUUAAAAUGGGCCUACCUAACGCAGCCCAAAUCUUUAUUUUCCAAAGCCCAAGCCUUAUUUCCCUUCCCCUCUUUUUCUUCUCCUGUUAAAAUCACUAUAAACCUCUUAUAAACCCUAAUCCUAUUGUUGCUCGCCCCCGUUACACAAACAUCAAAGCGAAAUUCAGUAGUUGUACAUGGCGCUGUACCUAUUGUACGAGUCGGCGUCUGGGUACGCGUUGUUCUUGGCUCAUGGGAUUGAUGAAAUUGGGCAGAACACGGAGGCUGUUCGCAACUCCAUCACUGACCUCAAACGCUUUGGUAAAGUCGUCAAAAUUGAAGCUUUUAACCCUUUUGAAUCUGCCCUUGAUGCCCUCAAUCAAUGCAAUGCUGUUUCUGAAGGGCAAAUGACUGAGGAGCUACAGAACUUCUUGGAGCGUAGUCUCCCAAAAGUCAAGGAAGGUAAGAAAGUUAAGUUCAGCUUAGGCUUGGCAGAGCCUAAGCUUGGGUCGCAUAUCCACGAAGUAACUAAGAUUCCUUGCCAGAGUAAUGAGUUUGUUCUUGAGAUUUUGCGUGGAGUACGGUUGCAUUUUGAGAAGUUCAUUGAAAACCUAAAGCACGGUGAUUUGGAGAAAGCCCAACUUGGUUUGAGUCAUAGUUACAGCAGAGCAAAGGUCAAGUUCAAUGUUAAUCGUGUUGACAAUAUGGUUACUCAGGCAAUUGUCCUACUUGAUACUCUUGAUAAAGAUAUAAAUACCUUUGCCAUGAGAGUUAGAGAAUGGUACUCCUGGCAUUUCCCAGAGUUGGUCAAGAUUGUAAAUGACAAUUAUCUAUAUGCCAAAGUUGCAAAAUUUGUUGAUGACAAAUCCCAAUUGUCUGAAGACAAAAUUUCAGCAUUAACUGAAAUAGUUGGAGAUGAAGAUAAAGCAAAAGAAAUUGUAGAAGCUGCUAAAGCAUCCAUGGGACAGGAUUUGUCACCAGUUGACUUGAUUAAUGUCAAGCUAUUUGCACAGAGGGUAAUGGACCUUGUUGAAUACAGGAAGAAUCUUUAUGAUUAUCUGGUCGCCAAAAUGCACGACAUAGCACCAAAUUUGGCUGCUCUGAUUGGUGAAGUCGUUGGUGCUCGUUUAAUUUCUCAUGCUGGUAGUCUCACAAAUUUGGCUAAGUGCCCUUCUUCUACCCUUCAGAUCCUUGGUGCUGAGAAGGCCCUCUUCAGGGCCUUGAAAACCAAAGGAAAUACCCCAAAAUAUGGACUCAUAUUCCAUUCUUCCUUCAUUGGUCGUGCCUCUGCUCGUAACAAAGGUCGGAUGGCUCGUUAUCUUGCGAACAAGUGUUCUAUUGCUUCUCGCCUUGACUGUUUCUUAGAUAAGAGUACUACUACUUUUGGAGAGAAACUCCGUGAACAAGUUGAGGAGCGUCUAGACUUCUAUGACAAGGGGGUUGCACCAAGAAAAAACCUAGAUGUGAUGAAAUCUGCUCUUGAAACCGUUGAAGACAAAGACACAGAAAUGGACGUUGAUGAGCCUUCUGCGAAGAAAAGCAAGAAAAAGAAAUCCAAAGUUGAUGUGGUGGAAUAUGCUCAAUCCAUGAUCGAGGACACAAAUGGUGAUGCCUCUGAAGAACCAAAGUCUGAAAAGAAGAAGAAGAAGAAGAAGGAGAAGCGGAAAUUAGAACAGGAGGCCGAGCCUGAAGAGGAUCAGACUGUUGAUAAUGCCAAUGGUGACGUGCAUGAGGAUGGAACAGCAAAGAAGAAGAAGAAAAAGAAGAGUAAGGAGGGUCAUGGAGAGGAACUCCAAGCUGCAGUAGAAACUAAAAAGAAGAAAAAGAAGUCCAAAGUCCAAGAUGAUGAAUAACUUGCUACUUUGCAUUUCUUCGUCACCUCUUCAAAUAGUGCCUGUAUGCUCCUAGGGUAGAUUUAUGUCGUCUUUCAGUUUUUGCUUGCGAACAAAGUUAAUAUUGCUAGAGAGCCAUGUAUCAAACGCUCAUCUUAUUUAUUAUUAUCAGAAAGGCCUCAUCAUGAUUUCCUUC